AUGACUGCCACCGUAGCCAUCCUCUCCAUCGGCCAAAUGGGCCUCGGUGUCGCAAGCUUGUUGCGCGCCCAUGACUUCCGCGUAAUAACAAAUGUCUCGGACCGCAGCACUGCGACACAAGACCGAGCAACGUCGGCUUCGAUCGAACUCUUGACCUCGGACAUUGAACUUGUGCAACAAGCCGACUACGUUCUCAGCAUCGUGCCGCCCAAAGACUCCACCAGCACCGCGCAGCGCAUCAUCGAAGCGCUGAAGCACGACGACGCGCGCAAAGACAAGAAGGAAGCAUUGUGGUACCUAGACUUAAACGCCGGGUCACCAGAUAGCGCAAGAGAUAUAUACUUGGCAUUUGCCAGCGACGCAAAAGCGGUCAAAUUCAUCGAUGGCGGCAUCAUUGGCGGAUCACCCAGCCAGAAACAAGACGGCAGCUGGUCGCGCCCCGGAAUCCCGCUGUCUGGACCUCACGCUCUAUCCUCCGCGCCCAUCUCCGGCGCCCAGCUCGCCAGCAUCCUCAACACGCGGCACCUAGGCCCUGAGAUCGGCACCGCCAGCGGGCUGAAAGCCUGCUUCGCCGCACUGAGCAAAGGCUUCACCGCCCUCGCUCUGCAGAGCUACACUACAGCCGCGAACCUCCACGUCUUGCCAGACCUGCGCCACUACCUGGACGAAUACAGUCCCAGCGCCAGAGAUAAGGCGGAGAAGAGCAUCGUUGGGUGCACAACGAAAGCGUACCGCUGGGUCGAGGAGAUGCAUCAGAUUGGCCAGACAUUCAGUGUGCAGGGCGGGUUUGGAGAGCAGGCGCGUGUGUUCCGCGAGAUUGCAGGCGUGUAUCAGGGACUUGCGGAUUUGGUUGACGCGCAGGGGGCCGAGGGGUUAGAUAGUGCAGAUGCGGUUGUUGGAGAGUUGGGGGGACAUGUGCAGCGGCGGAGCGAAUAG